UCAUUUCAUGCAUCAUCUCAUCUUCUUAAUUGCUUCCAUUGCCUUUGCUCUCUUAUACAAAAACAAUGGCUUCCUCUCCUCAGUCCUUUAUUCUUCUUUUUACGACUUUGCUCUUUCUGCAGACUCUGACAGAGGCUACAACAUGUAGUGACUGUUUCAUUCAUUCUCGGGCAGCUUACUAUCCAAAUUCUGAUGAACAAGGAACAGACAGGGGUGCAUGUGGGUUUGGUUCAUUCGGAGCAACGAUAAAUGGUGGCGAUGUAUCAGCCGCAUCUAACCUCUACCGUGAUGGUGUUGGUUGCGGUGCUUGCUAUCAGGUAAGGUGCACCAACAGUAACUUUUGCGCAGACAAAGGGGUAACAGUAGUUAUAACAGACCAGGGUUCAAGCGAUAACACUGACUUUAUUCUCAGUAGCCGAGCCUUUGGUCAGAUGGCUCAAACCAAAGAUGCAGCUGCUUCACUUUUAUCCCUUGGAGUAGUUGAUAUUGAAUAUAGACGAGUUUCAUGCAGCUAUCCCAACAAAAAUAUAACAAUCAAGAUUGAUGAGAACAGCAACUAUCCUUAUUAUUUGGGUUUUGUCAUAUGGUAUCAACAAGGGAAGAGGGACAUUACUGCUGUGCAGCUAUGUGAGACACAAAACUUUGUGUGCAAGCUUUUGGAUAGGAGUUAUGGAGCAGUAUGGACUACUACAUCUCCCCCUAGUGGAUCUCUGUCAUUGAGGAUGCUAUUCAGUGGUGAGGAUGGAGAUGAGACAUGGCUUGUUCCUGUUAACAAUAUUCCCCAUGACUGGAAAGCUGGAGAAACAUAUGAUACAGGACUUCAAGUUAAUGAAUAGUCCUAUAAAGCCUUAGGUUGUCUAGCUCUUUAAUAUUUUUCAUUUUAUUCAUUAUAUGCCCUUUUCUUUUCUUCAUUUCAAUAAGAGAAGUUCAUGAAUGUAAUCAUUUCAAUAUUGACUAAUCUGCAAGUUUCAUAAUAAAAUUAAUUUUAACUUUUGGUUUUU